AUGCCUCGUUACAACCCGGCAACUGUGGAACCCAAGUGGCAGCGUUACUGGGACGAACAGAAGACAUUCGCCGCGCCGCGCAUGCCCGAGGGCGAGAAACUCUACGUGCUCGACAUGUUUCCCUACCCCAGUGGCGAUGGGCUGCACGUAGGCCACCCCGAAGGUUACACCGCCACGGAUAUCGUUUGCCGCUACGGACGGAUGCGGGGGCGUUCGGUCAUGCAUCCCAUGGGCUGGGAUGCGUUCGGUCUUCCGGCCGAACAACACGCCAUCAAGACAGGCACCCCGCCGCGAACCACAACCGAGAAGAACAUCUCCACAUUCCGGCGUCAGUUGAAGAUGUUGGGUUUCAGCUACGACUGGGACCGCGAACUCGCCACGACCGAUGUGGAUUACUUCCGCUGGACGCAGUGGAUCUUCCUCCAGUUGUUCGAUACCUGGUUCGACCCCGAUCAGCAGAAGGGCCGCCCCAUUGCCGAGCUUCCCAUUCCCGCGGAAGUGAAAGCUGAGGGGCAAGCAGCAAUCGAGCAGUACCAAGACGAGCACCGCCUGGCCUAUCAAAUCGAGGCCCCCGUCAACUGGUGUCCCGCACUCGGCACCGUGCUGGCGAAUGAAGAAGUCAUCGGCGGUUUAAGCGAACGUGGUAGUCAUCCCGUGCAGCGAAUUCCGUUACGCCAAUGGAUGCUCCGAAUCACGGCCUACGCCGACCGCUUGGAGAACGACCUCGACACCCUUGAUUGGCCCAACAGCAUCAAGCUCCUUCAGCGGAACUGGAUUGGCCGCAGCACGGGAGCCGAAGUCGACUUCUUCCUCCCGGCCAUGCACGGCGACGCUGAGGCCACUCAGGCACUUGAGCAAUGGAAGCAGAAUCGAGCGAAGACCGGUUUCCCUCGCAAGCCCGCCGACGAUGUCCUCCGCGUGUACACCACCCGGCCCGAUACGUUGUUCGGUGCCACCUACAUGGUCAUCGCCCCCGAACACCCCGCGGUCGAACGCUUAACCACCGCCGAGCAGAAAAAGGCCGUCGAGGAGUACUGUCAGAAGGCGGGUACCAAAAGCGACUUGGACCGAACCGAGUUGGCCAAGGAAAAAACAGGCGUGUUCACCGGUUCGCAUGCCAUCAACCCGGUGAACGGAAAUCCAAUUCCGAUUUGGAUCGCCGACUAUGUGCUGAUGGGCUACGGCACAGGGGCCAUCAUGGCCGUGCCCGCGCACGACACCCGCGACUUUGAGUUUGCCGAAGCGUUUAACGUGCCGAUCACCGCCGUGGUUGACCCUGGAGACGAAGACUCGGUCGAUCGCGAUGCCGUGCUGGCUGGAAAGCAACCCUUCCCGGGCAACGGAAUCGCAAUCAACUCCGCGCAGUACGACGGAACACCCACGGCAGAGUUCAAACAGAAGAUCGCCGCCGAUCUCGCCACACAGGGCGUGGGCCGCGAGGCCGUGAACUACAAACUUCGCGACUGGCUCUUCAGCCGGCAACAUUUUUGGGGCGAGCCGUUCCCGAUUCUCCACGAGUUGGACAAGGAAGGAAAACCAACCGGCAAGUUGGUGCCGGUCCCCGAAGAACAACUCCCGGUGCGUUUGCCCGAGAUGACCGAGUUCAAACCGCACGGCCGCCCCGAGCCCCCUUGGGCCGAAGCCCCCGAGGAAUGGCUUUACCCAACCAUCAACGGUAAGCGGUACAUGCGGGAAACGAACACCAUGCCGCAAUGGGCCGGUUCCUGCUGGUACUAUCUGCGAUACCUCGAUCCCAAGAAUGACCAGCAACUCAUCGACCCUGAGGUCGAGAAGGCUUGGAUGCCGGUCGAUCUCUACAUCGGCGGGGCCGAACAUGCAGUGUUGCACCUGCUUUACGCCCGCUUCUGGCACAAGGUGCUGCACGAUCGCGGGAUCAUCACCAAGCCCGAGCCUUUUCAGCGGCUCAUCAACCAGGGCAUGAUUCUGGGCGAAAUCGAAAUGACCGGCUACCAGAACGACGAAGGGUCCUGGGUCAGCGCCUCUGAAGUGAAGAUCGACGACGCCAGCAACGAACCGGUAUUGAAGAAGUCCGGCCAAAAGGUGCAGGCCGUCUCCGUAGAGCCCCACUUAACCACGAAGAAGGGCGAGAACUUUGUGUUGGCUGCCGACCAAUCGAUUCGCCUGAACAGUCGCAGCUUCAAGAUGUCGAAGAGCCGCGGCAAUGUCGUUAACCCCGACGCGGUGGUGAAAGAAUACGGUGCCGACGCCUUACGACUUUACGAAAUGUUCAUGGGCCCGUUAGAAGCCACCAAGCCGUGGAACAUGGCCGGCGUGAACGGCGUACGAGGUUUCCUCGACCGUGUGUGGCGGUUGAUCGUCGACGAUUCGGCAGAAGAGAUGGCCUUGUCACCCGAUGUCGAAGACAUCGAGCCCAACGCCGAGCAGAACCGCGUGCUGCACAAAACAAUCCAAGGCGUCACGAACGACAUCGACUCCAUGGGCUUCAAUACGGCCAUCGCCAAAAUGAUGGAGGCCACCAACUUCUUCACCAAGCAACGCCCCCGUCCUAAGCGGGCAAUGGAAGCCCUCGUCUUGCUGCUCUCCCCCUUCGCCCCGCACAUCGCAGAAGAGCUGUGGGAAUUGUUAGGGCAUGAAAAGACGUUGGCCUACGAGCCUUGGCCCACAUAUGACGAAUCGUUGAUCAAGGAAGAUACGGUCGAGAUCCCGGUUCAGAUCAACGGGAAGAUUCGCGCCCGCAUCAACGUUGCUGCAGACAGCACGAAAGACCAGCUCGAAGCUGCGGCUCAAGAAGAGCCCUCCAUCGCCGAGCAACUUGCCGGCAAGAACAUCGUCAAACGCAUUGUUGUACCGGGCCGGCCGCCGCAAACGCGCCGUACACGGCGGCGUCGAAUAGCACAAAGCGCACAGUCUCCGGCAGCGUGUUUUCGACGUCAUGAAGAAAGUCGAUCGCUGUGGAAAGUGCCACCCGUGAAGCCUGAUCGAGCGGGUAACGAUACGCGCCCGCGCUCAGAGCCGGAAAAGCAAUCGACCGACAAGCGUUCUCCUCGGCCAGUCGCAACGAGUGAUCGUAGGUCCUCCGCUGCGAUGGAUCGCGCCAUCCACACCUCCUCCACCAGCCAGGGCACUGUUGGCCGCAUUGACGAUCGCAUCCACAUCCUGCUGGGUGAUGUCCCCUUGAUGGAGUUCGAUCCGUCCGGUGCCGAAGACUUUUUGAAUCAGGUCAUGCGAAUCGUAACGCUGGUAGCGAUCAUUACAAUCUCGCUGCUAGGAACCGCCUCGGGCCGCGAUUUGUUUGUUAGCAACACCGGUGGCGACGACUCCUUCAACGGGCUCACAGCACAGGCCACGGGUGACUACAACGGACCCACCCAGAGUAUCAAUCGGGCCCUCCACCUAGCGCGAAAGGGUGACCGCAUCGUCAUCGCCAACACCGGCGUGCCUUACCGCGAGAGCAUCGCCCUGGUGGUGAACAAACAUGCCGGCGACGGGUUUCGCCCCUUCAUCAUCCAGGGCAACGGGGCCGUGCUCGACGGCUCGAUCGAAACGCCGGUGUACGACUGGGAAGCGUUCGCCAAAGACGAGUACCGCUUUCGUCCCGAGCGGAUGAGCUAUCAACGGCUGUUCCUGAACGAUCGCCCCUUAGAAUUCGUGCCGCCCACCGACGAAGGUCUUGUCCCGCUGUUGGAACCUCUGCAAUGGUCCCUGGUCGAUGGCUACAUUCACUUCCGCGUCGAACCCGGUAAGAUGCUGGAGGAAUACCCCCUCACGCAUGCCCGGCUGCAAGUUGGAAUCACGCUGCGUCAAACACAAGACGUGGUGGUCGAUAAUCUCAUCGUGCAGGGCUACUAUCUGGACGGAGUGAACGCGCACGAUCUGGUGUACAACACCACGCUCUCGCAGAUCACCGCCCGCGGAAACGGGCGCAGCGGAAUCGCGGCCCGGCUAUGGCAGUAA